AUGCUCGCCAGUCGCUUUCCCUGUCUCACCAAUCCUCCGUUGCGGGCAUGUAUUCAAUUUGCAAUAACCAGAAACAAAUCUUCAGCCAGCGCGCAUCACGAGUCAGAAUCCAAAGCUAAAGCUAGCACUGUGUCGGCAAAGGCAUGGCGCUUCUGGUGGAGGAAGAAAAAGAGUAUAGGAAAUAAUGAUACAACCACUGUGUCGGCAAAGGCAUGGGGCCCCUGGUGGGGGAAGAAAAAGAGUAUAGGAAAUAAUGGUACAACCACUGAAAAAACGACCCAGACAAAGAAAGGUGGGUUGAUCUGGAAGAAGCUGGUACCAGCACAAGGGCAACGUGAUAAGCUACCCACCAGUACUGUCAAGAAGAAUUCGGGGACAAAUUCGAAGAAAACACCAUUGAAGAAGAAGAAUGUCCCAAUGAUUAAGCCCGAAUUGGAGGUCCCUGAAAAAGUGUUUGAUGAAUUAAUACAAACACCAAUAAAUACUCCAGCUUUCGAAAUAGACAGUCUAGGAAGACGGUAUGAACUGCGAUAUAUUGACUGUAAACCAGCUCCAAUGACUGCCAGGAUCUACCACCCAGAAGCUUCAUCUAGCCUCAAUAGAAACAAGAUUCUCUAUCUACCUUCCACAAUCCCGAAUAGCUUCUUCCCAUCUCACGACAGCGUAAUUUCGACUCUCUCCCAGAUCACCUCUUCAACAAUCAUAUAUCCCGUCCCAACCGACACCGCCGAGCCCUUCCCGCAAAGCAUUCAAAACCUCCUUCGUAUCUAUGAUGCCACUACAGAUAAGGCGCCGACGGCCAUAAUAACUUCAGGCAUAGCAGCGACCACGGCCACUGCAAUGGCGAUGACCGAGCCAGCCAUCAAAGGAAUCGGUAUCUGGGGCGGCAUCUUUGACCUCACAAAGUCCUCCGCGACCUCAACCCGCUGGAACCGGCCUCUCGAACACUGGGAGCACCUCCCGACCAAUGCACUCCCGCCAGUCCCGAAAUCAACCAAUUCCCUCACAAUAACCAGAGAUGAGUUCAAGGCGCUGCGGCGCCACUACUAUCCUAACCCGGAAACGUGGUUGGACCCGUUUGCGAGCCCGUUGGCCUUUUUCAUGGGAUCAAACGUGGUGUUCUCGCGCAUGAAUUUGACCGAGGUCAUGGGCGAGGGUAUACGUCAGCAGAUGGUGAAAAUGGAUAGUUAUAGCGAGAGUGACUGGGAGGGGGAGGUGUAUAUAUAUCCGCGCAUCGACUUGACGUUGCGGACAUGGAACUCAUUCCCACCGGCGACUAGGAAGGAGGAUUUCCCGAAGAUUCGGAUUGUGGCGCCGGAGAAGGAGGAGGGGGCGGAGGAGAAUGGAAAUGAUGUUGCCUUUGCGCAGGCAGAGAAAUUUGGGAAUAUUGCGAAAAAGGGGCUGGCAAGUUGGUUGAAGUCAAAGCUGAGGUCAACGCCGAUGGAUACCUCGGCGAGUACGCCGACAUUAGGUAUGGAAUUGGAUGAAGAAUCGGAGGCCAUGAAAGAGGCAGAAUUCGAGGCAGAAAUGAUGGUGAAAGUGGAUACAUUAUCUAAGGAGGAUACUGGAGUAGAGGAGGUGAAUUUGAUGGCACGUUGGAUAAAAUGGGUGUUUGAAGGGCCGUCGGCAAGAGAUUAG